AUGAAGCAAAAGAUCUGUGACCUGUUCAGAGAAGCUUCCAGUCGAGAAAUCGCUGCAAAGAAAAAGCUGUCAACUCGAAUCCAAACAUACACGGAGUCGUACCUGUCGUACAUAAAAGAUGUGCUGUCGCUGUGGCGUAAAGCUUACAGCGGCAUGCCAGAGUAUCACAAGAGUGGGAAAUGGCACACCAUUAGUGAGGUACUCGAGGAGAUCUACCACGUCUAUAUGGCUCAUUCCGCAUACGGUGUGUUGGAGGACACAUACUACGCGGUGCAGCCCAAGCACCACCAAAGCUACGUGCUCAUAUGCAUCGCGGCCUUCCUUUUUAACAUCAUUUUCUUGGGUUUACCUCCUACAUUCUUUCGAGCGACAUCGUCUACAAGCGAAGUUAUCAACCUGCGCAGGCGGCACAUACUGAGCCAGCUGCUUCCCCUAAAGCUGAUCUACCUGCUGGACAUGCUGCUGCACGUGUGCUAUCUCGCCUCGGACGCAGUCCUCGUGGUGGCCCUGCUGCGCUGCUCGCCCGAGUCGCUCGCGUUGGCGAAGCACGAGACGCUGUGGGGAGGCAGGUGUCACGUGGGCUCCAUGAUCUUGGGCCUCGUGAGCAUCGUCUACCAACUGUCCAAACUCACCACCUACUACCAAAGGUUGGCGGUGACGACCAGCGAGCAGCCCCCUCUCUACAUCUCGGCCUGCCUCUUCUGGCUUCGUGAGGCUUUGCGCGCCGCGUUCGAGCGGGCCGCCAACCCUCCGAGCACGGCGCCGCUGGGAGAGGAGUUCGAGUUGGAGCGUACGAUGCGUGCCGAACAGGUAUGCAGUGCUUCGUUCGAGCUCAGGUACCGUCCAGCAGAAAUCGGCGCUACUAAGCGGAUUACGGCACAAGCCAGCGCUUCAGCGAUGCUGCGUGAGGACUACAGCGAUGACUGAGGCAACACUACGCGGCCGCUGCUGGAUAUCGUGUCGAGAGGCGUCACUCUCUA